GAUUUUCUUUUCUGGAAGUUCUGUUAGUUUGAUUAUUAUAAUAUAAUUAUAUUAUAUAAAAAUGUUGGGCAGUCAACCAAUAAUAGUUUUGAACCAAAACACAAAACGUGAUUCCGGCCGAAAGGUUCAAUUGGAAAAUAUUAACGCUGGGAAGACGAUAGCAGACGUUAUUCGAACAUGCCUCGGACCCCAAGCAAUGUUAAAAAUGUUGAUGGAUCCUAUGGGUGGCAUUGUCAUGACAAAUGACGGUAACGCUAUACUUAGAGAGAUCACUGUACAGCAUCCAGCGGCUAAAUUUAUGAUAGAAAUCGCAAGAACUCAAGAUGAAGAGGUAGGAGAUGGCACAACAUCAGUAAUAGUACUUGCAGGAGAGAUGUUAGCCGUUGCUGAGCCUUUUCUAGCACAGAACAUCCAUCCAACAGUCAUAAUCAGAGAGUAUCGACAGGCCUUAGAGGAUGCUGUUAAGUUGCUACAGGAGAAAAUCUCUAUCCCAAUUGAUCUUACUGAUAGAGAAAAGCUUAAAGAAGUCAUUCGUUCAUGUGUCGGUACUAAAUAUAUUGGUCGCUGGGCAGACUUAGCUGUAGAUAUUGCUCUUGAUGCUGUUAACACAGUAACUAUUAAUGAAAACGGACGAGUGGAGGUAGACAUUAAAAACUACGCUAAAGUAGAGAAAAUUCCCGGAGGCACAGUAGAAGAAUCGAAGGUAUUGAACGGUGUGAUGAUCAACAAAGACGUCACUCAUCCUAAAAUGAGACGUUUCAUUGAGAACCCUCGCAUCAUACUGCUGGACUGCCCUCUUGAGUACAAGAAAGGAGAGAGUCAGACGAACAUUGAGAUUGUUGGGGAGCAGGACUUCACAAAACUGCUUCAAUUAGAAGAAGAGCAUGUCCAACGUCAAUGUGAAGAUAUAAUUGCUUUGAAGCCUGAUAUCGUAUUCACGGAGAAGGGUGUAUCAGAUUUAGCUCAGCAUUAUCUAGUAAAAGCUGGUAUUACUGCUAUUCGCAGCGCGCCCUACCGCGCCGUGGCCUCCGCGCUCGAAAUAAUUCCGCGUACACUGGCUCAAAAUUGCGGUGCGAAUACAAUCCGUACUCUAACCGCUUUACGUGCAAAACACGCCACCGGACUUACUACAGCGGGUAUCGAUGGGGAGACCGGUGAAAUUGUUGAUAUGGCUGUUAAGGGCAUCUGGGAACCACUGGCUGUUAAACUACAGGUAUACAAAACAGCUGUAGAGACAGCGAUCCUAUUGCUAAGAAUCGACGAUAUCGUGUCCGGUUCAAAGAAAAAGAACAAUGAACCUAACGCACCGGCAGAGGCAGCCGCUAUGCAAGAAUAAAUUAAUAAAUAUUCAUAACUUUGAUUGUAAUCGACAUAUUACUAUGAUAACAUGUUCUGAGAGCAGUGACAGUUGCAUGUAGUUCUACUGUUGAAGAUUACUUUGCUUAUUUUAUAAAUGAUCACUAUACUUUCGUGUACUAUGUAUUUUUAUUUUAUAUCUCUUAAAUAAAAUUAAUUUAUUCGUAAAAAUAUUCAUUGAACUAAAGUAAUAUCCAUGUAAUGUCAUUUGUGUUUUAUUACAAUUUAUUUCGUUAAUAUGUUUAAGAUAAUUAUAAAGUACUGUCUCAUUAUUGGUCUCGGUUUCUGUUUUAUUCAAAGUACAAUGUGGUGCAAUUAUGUAAAUAAGGUAAAGUUUCUAACAUUUUCAGUAUAGUACAUGAGCUGUUAAUCAAAGAAUAGGGUUAUUAUAAUAAUUUGUAAUUUUUAACACAUUAACGAGGGCCUCGAGUGUUGUUUGCGUUAGAUUGUACGCUAGGUAUGAAUGAGUCCAAUAAAUAUUUACACAGUGUUAAUUUAACAGGGAAGGGAA